AUGGACAAGCUGAACAGAAAAAGCAGGGCACCAUGGCAUAUGGGAGGGGGCAAGGCUCCGGCAAACCCAUACGCCAAUGCCAACGUGUCCCAAAAUUCGGCUGAAAACGACCCAUAUGGUACUUCCCUUCAAGUGCCGAAAACAGCCGCUUCCAAUAGAAGACACAACCGGCGAAUGUCGAUCCAGGCAUCGGCAGCGGUGCCGUUUGACCCUUCAAUGAUGCCUCCGGUGCCUGGAGCAGCAAUGUACCGAACAGGAACAAACAAUUCGGACGUAGGGCUGGUCAGAAGCUUCGCUGCUCCUAGGAGAUCGUCCAACGAAGACGAUAUCGUUCAGAUCAUCAAGACUGAGCUCCACGACAAGGACGUGACGGUAAUUGACGAUUUCUACAAGUCCUUGCUUGCGCAGAACAAUAGUUUGGAUGCGGACAUCAAGAGCAGAAUCAACACCAACCAGAAGAACAUAUUGCAAUUGACCGACGACCUUCGGGUCACCCAGGAGGAAUUGGUCACACUUCGAGUAUCGACGAAAGAGCUCUACCAGAUUUUGGCUGAAUUCGCCGAAGCCGCCGAGAGAAGACUUGCUAUCGAGCAGGAGGCUCCCAAGAACCAGGGCUACAAUGGUGGAUCCUUAGAUGUGCCAAACAAAAAGAAGGACAGGUCAUCUGUCUUGGUGCUUCAAAAGAUGUGGGCAACUGAGUUGCAAUCACUCUUCAAGCACGUUGACGGUGCUCAAAAAUACAUCCAGGCAAUUCCUGGCAGACACGUUCUCGCUGAGAGUGGUCGCUGGCACGAAAUCAACAUUGGUACGUGGAAACCAAGCAGGCCUAUUCACUUGUUCUUGCUCAACGACUUGGUGAUGGUGGCAACGAGGAAACUGCCUCAGGAAGGAAGCUCCAAGCGUCUUCAGGCCAUCUACUGCUGGCCCCUCCAACUGGUGGACAUAUCUGAGAUUCAAGCUCCAUCUCAAGUUUCGAGCAAAGGAGAAAAGAUACAUGUCAUCAACCUUCGAGCUCCUUCAUUCAGCUACGUCUACCAAACCGAUCGUUAUGACCAUUUCACGCGAGUCAUGAAUGCCUACCAUAAGGGUAAGGCUGAGCUCGCUCAAAGGAACAAGAUGAUUGAGGAUGAAGAGCCCAAAAACGUUCGGGCUAGCGGUGAAUUUGGCUACGGUCUUAAUAGUAGUUCUGCCAGUCUACACGAUGACAAGCUGGAGCUGCGUAAUUUGCGCGAGUCUCUUCGCUCAUCAGGCCUUCAAGGACACUCAAGAAGUGGGUCAACGGAGGAAGUCGGCUUCAACAGACGUACAAGCGGACAAAGACACAGUAAUGACGUUAUCUUACAGGAUAUUUCUGCCAGAGUGCAUUCCAGAAACCGGUCACACGACUACAAUAAAGAAGCAGGUAUCAAGAGACCUGGAAGCGAUAAGCUGCCUCAGAGGCUUUUCUUGGAGCUUAAAAAUGCAGAGGACAAACUUGAUGAGGUGGAUGUCGAUCUCGCUCAUAAUAACUACUCGCAAGCCACGCAGCUCAUGACGAUAAUCGACCAGAAGGUCGCCAGCAUUGUCAUGCGUGUUGCUGGCUUCAAGUCAAAAGAAGACGAUGGUGCUCUAGAAGAAUUGAGAAUUCUUGUGGAUGUGGUGAAGCUCAAGUUGGGCAACAGACGUUUUAAGAUUCAGCAAAACCUUCAAUUUGACUUGCAGCAUAACAUUCUGACAUACACAAACGAGACCAUCUCAGAGCUUCUCAGCUACUACUCGCAAUUCGAUAUGCAAAGUGAGGGUAUUUCGGCCAUCUUGGAGGCAUUAUCUGCUCACUUGUCAAAGACUGUGGGUAAGCUCAUAUCCAACGCUCACGGGUCAACUAAGGUUGAUAUCAUCAACUACCUUGCAAACUUAACCAUCAUAUACGUUCUGAUCAUACGCCGGGCGUUGCAGAUAUAUGGCGAGUGUAUCGAGGGCUUGCUUCAUGACUCCAGACAUGGCAACCUCGACUCCAGUGGGUUCAUUACCUGGUGCAUUUCAGAAAUGUCCCGUUUGGUGGACAUCAUCAAAAAGCAUGCAGAAGAAACGUUGCUUUUUAAGGAGGGCAAGAUUUGGUAUGUCAAGGACGACCAACACUACAAAGAACUCUUGGCUAUCAUAUUACCGCAACUCUCGUUCUUGAAGGAUGAGGGUCUCAAUGUGGACUAUCUUUUCGAAGACAUUCUACACUGCCAGCCUAAGGCUCAAUAA